ACUCCUUCGUCCGAGCCAUCUCCAAUACUCUUCCUUCAAAGCUCUUCUGUUCUCCAGAGAAACCAUGGAGGCCAGCGGCAAGAAGCGAUAUGCCCUCCUCCUCGCUGCUAAAGACUCGGCCUAUGUGAAGAAGAUCUAUGGAGGCUACUUCAAUGUCUUCGUGGAGGCAUUUGGUGAUGAAGGUGAGACAUGGGACAUUUACAGAGUGAUAGAUGGUGAAUUCCCCGGCGUGAAGGAGCUCGAUGGCUACGAUGGUUUCGUUAUCAGCGGUAGCCCUCAUGAUGCCUAUGGCAAUGAUCCCUGGAUCCUGAGGCUCUGCUUCCUACUCCAGACCUUGGAUGCCAUGCAAAAGAGAGUCCUUGGCAUCUGCUUCGGCCACCAAGUGCUGUGCCGGGCAUUGGGAGGCCGAGUAGGAAAGGCUUAUGGGGGAUGGGACAUUGGAGUUAGGAAGGUGAGCAUGAUGGAAGACUUGUCGCAGUACAAAUUCCUGCAAGGUCUUGAAGAGUUUCCUCACAGUGCUCUAAUCAUCGAGUGCCAUCAAGAUGAGGUGUGGGAGGUGCCGUCGGGGGCCGAGGUGCUCGCCUUCUCGGAGAGGACCGGCGUAGAAAUGUUUGCAAUUGGAGACCAUGUCCUGGGAAUACAAGGGCACCCGGAGUACACCAAAGAUAUCUUGCACAAUCUUAUAGAUCAGCUUGCAAACAGGAGCACCAUUGAUAGAGGCUUUGCUGAUGAUACCAAAAGCAGAUUGGAGGGAGCUGAACCUGACAGGGGCUUUUGGGAGAAGGUCUGCAAGGGAUUUCUCAAGGGAAGACAAAGCCACUGAUCUAAAGCUUUUCGGUGGUGACACUGUCAUCUUUAAUUGCUCAAAACAAAAAAAAAGAUACAAAGAUUGUUGUUUCUCUUCUAACAGGUCCUGUUUUGGUAUCUGUAAUCAGAAAGAGAAUUGGCAACAUAGAAUGCAUGCUAGCCUCUUUGUAACAUCAAUCUGUGCCCUUCUUUGUUUGGGAUUACCGUCUGUCCCUUUGAAUAGUAGUUGAUUAUAAGGUAACAAACCUUUUUUUCCUAGCAAAAUGGUGGGGAUCCAUCAAAAAAAAAAAAAAAGAAGAAAAUAUCUAUUAGUUGA